UUUGCAUCCGAGGUACCAGGUCCGCCGCCGACGCGCUCAUCCUUCCUCCCCGUCAGUCUCAUUCUCCGACGGCUUGAACGCUUGUGCAUGCUUUUGUGUUUCCACCGCCUCCAGCCCUUGUACUACCCGUUGGAAAAGAACAAGUUUAUACCCCAAUAACGACGAUCCUACACCAACCAUGUCGAACAUCAACAUUGCCGGAACGACCCCUGUAGACGACCCUGAAUACCGAUACAAGAUGCCGCGUCUGAUCGCGAAAAUCGAAGGCCGUGGGAACGGCAUUAAGACUGUCGUUGUCAACGCUGUCGAAAUCGCAUCUGCCUUGCAUCGCUCGCCGGGCGAAGUCACCAAGUUUUUCGGGACGGAAUUGGGCGCGCAGUCGAAAUUUGACGACGCCACCGAGCGUGCCGUUGUCAACGGCGCGUUUGAAGCAUCCCAGAUGCAAGCACAACUCUCCAAGUUCAUUGAACUCUUUGUCUUGUGCCCUAACUGCCGUUUGCCUGAAACGAAGUACAAAUUUAAGGGAAAGGAAAGCAUCUUCCACAAAUGCCUGGCAUGUGGUGCCGUUGAACCUGUCGACAUGAACCACAAGUUGACCACAUACUUGUUGAAGGAACACACUGCGGCAAAGCGCGCGAAGAAGGCCGAAGGUGGUGACAAGGAUGGCAAGACCAAGAAGAAGUCGAAGAAGGACUCGGCAGAAGGUGACGACGAACCCAAGAAGGAAAAGAAAGAAAAGAAGGAGAAAAAGGAAAAGAGCGGUGAAAAGAAGGAGAAAAAGUCAAAGAAGAAGGCUGUCGAGUCGGAAGACGAAAACGACAAUGACGGGUCGAACAAAGCCGGCAACGAUUCCGAAGAAGAGAUCGAAUGGCACACCGAUUUGUCUGCCGAGGCUGUCGCAGCUCGCGCGAAGGAAGCCGAAGCCCUCGAAGCGGCGGCUCAUGCUGCCAUGGUCGCGCCACCUACCUCGGACGAAGUUGUGCCUUCUUUCGACAACUUGGACAUUGAUGAUGAAGCUGCAAUUGAAGCGGCGACUGCUGCUGUGGCCACCUUCUUGAUGGGCACUCACUCAUCGAUUGAAAUCUACGACGAAGUUGUCCGCCAACAAACGAACGGCGCUCUGCCCGCAAACGAUCGUUUGUCCAUCUUCUUUGGUGCUGCGUUUACGAGUCAAAUCCUGUCGAGCAACCAAGUUGCCAAGUACCGCCCUGUUUUGGAAAAGCUUGUGGAUUCGGAUCGCAUGCAGCAUCAGGUGAUUGCCCUUACGGAACAUUUCUGCGCCGUGAAGUUCCCCACGUUGUUGAAAUCGUUCCCUGUCGUCCUGAAGCUCUUGUACGACGAAGAAAUCUUGAGCGAAGACAUCAUCUUGUCCUGGACGGACGACGCCGUCCGCAAGCUUCACGCCCACUUCGAAGUAACGCCGACACAAGCGGCUGACCUCAGAAAGUCCCUUGAACCGUUUAUCUUCUGGCUGCAAAACGCUGAGGAAGAGAGCGAGGGUGAUGACGAGUAGUGUAAUCUGCAUCGAAAUUGGAAUCGCUUCACGAAUCAAAUGUUGAAUUUUUAAGAUAUUUUGGAUAUUUUCCAGAAUCUA